AUGAAAAAGGGCAAAGCACCUGCACACCAAAACACAUUUGCAUUCAAACACAACAAAGCUAGCAGACUAACAAAGAAAAUUGAAGGUGAGCCACUUACUUAUCUUUGUAGGAGAUGCUAUGCAAAAUUGGAAUGAAGAAAAAAAUUCAGGAAGUUUAAACUGAGGACUGUUCCAGCAAAAUGCUUACUUUGUGAAGAAAAAAGUGUCGUAAAAGGCCACCGCAAAAUAUGUGAUGUCUGUGCACGAGGAAGAAAUCUGUGUUCUAAAUGUGCUAAAGAGCCAUACUCACAAGGGAAUGAAUCUACCACAAAUGAAGAGACAAAAGUGGAGGAAACUAAAGAAAUUGAAGCUGCUGAAGUAGAAAAAAGUGAGGAUUAA